GGCGGCCGCACACGGCGCGGAGGAGGCGAUGCGGGCCGCCUGGCUGCUGCUGCCGGCGCUGGCCGCCCUGUCCGCCUACUAUGUGUACCUGCCGCUGCCCGGCGCCGUGUCCGACCCCUGGAAGCUGAUGCUGCUGGAUGCCACCUUCCGGGCGGUGCAGCAGACGUGUCACCUGAUUCACUACCUGAGACUCAGCCAUCACUUGAUAGUUCUGAAUUAUUUGAUUUGCACCUUUGACAAGCUGAAGUCUGUCUCCUCUGAAGACGUUAAAAUCACGGAUGCAGUUUUUGAUGGCGUGGAAGUGAGAGUGUUUGAACCUCCUGCCAAGGGAGAUGAAAGCCUCAAGCGCAGCGUUGUUUACAUCCAUGGAGGGGGCUGGGCCUUGGCAAGUGCAAGAACAAGCCUUUACAACAAUCUCUGCAGAAUCAUGGCUGAAUCUCUGAAUGCUGUUGUUGUCUCUGUUGAAUACAGGCUGGUGCCCGAGGUGUGCUUCCCUGAGCAGUACCACGAUGCUCUUCGUGCAACAAAGCAUUUCCUGCAGCCUGAUGUCUUGGCUGAGUAUUCAGUGGACCCCAGUCGAAUUGCAAUCUCUGGGGACAGUGCAGGAGGGAAUUUGGCAGCUGCUGUGUGCCAGCAGCUUAGCAAAGAUGAAGAUUUGCCUGUCAGACCGAAACUGCAGGCCUUGAUUUACCCAGUCCUGCAGGCCUUUGACUUCAACACCCCCUCCUACCAGCAGAACAUGAACAUGCCCGUGCUCCCUCGCUACGUCAUGAUCAACUACUGGAUCGAUUACAUCAACGGCAACUACGACCUGGCUCACGAGCUGCUCGUCAACAACCACACCGCGCUCAACGUGGGCCGGGCCCUGUCCUUCCGCGCGCGCCUCAACUGGACCUCCCUGCUGCCUCCCUCUUUCAAGAAGAACUACAAGCCCGUGGUGCAGAGCACGGGCAGCGAGGCCAUCGUGGAGCGGCUGCCGGCGCUGCUGGACGUGCGGGCGGUGCCGCUGCUGGCGGACGACGCCACGUUGGCGCGGCAGCCGCGCACCUACGUGCUGACCUGCGAGAACGACGUGCUGCGCGACGACGGCGCCAUGUACGCCGCGCGCCUGGAGCGCGCCGGAGUGCCCGUCACCCUCGACCACUUCCACGACUGCUUCCACGGCUGCAUGAUCUUCACCGUGUGGCCCACGGAUUUCUCGGCUGGCGUGCAGACCAGGAACAGCUACAUCAAGUGGCUGGAUGAGAACCUGUGAAGGGUGGGCUGCGGUGGCUGCCAUGUCUGUUCUGGAGGAAGAGCAAACAAUCAAAAAGUGCACUUUUUCUGAAUUCUGACUUCACUGUUCGGCUGCAGACCACUAACUGCAGCAUUUUCUAGCUCCAUUGGCCUUGCCCAGUAAAGAAUUUUGAGAAGUAUUUUUUUUCCAAACCAAUCUUCUUUCCACUUUCUCCCAGAUGACUACCGCCAAACAUAAACACAUGUUGAGCAGGGAGAUCAGGAUUCCUGCAGGAUUCUUGCCUGGCUGCAACUUUCAAGCUUUGACUCAUAAUUAGGUACAAAGGCCCUGGCUUUGAAGUGCUGUGAGAUAAAUCCUAAGAUCUACAUCUACUUCUGAAUAUGUAAAAAACGUGAGCUAGUUUACAGCAGUGUUAAGCAUCUGAUGUCACAGCGAGAGCCCUGGGCAGCAGGGCCAUGAAUUUCAAUGACAAGCACGGAUUUAGGUGUUGGCUUUUUGCCAUUGACAAACAGCUCAUUUAAAUUUUUAAAAAUAUGUUUUGAAAAAGCUCUUCUAGGCAGUUAAAACGAUGCUAGAUGAGUCUCUUAGCCAAACCUGUAAUUCAGCUUUGGAAUUUGGUUUUUACUACCUUUUAAUAAACAUAUUUUUAAAAGGUACAGGACUAAAUAUAUUUUCAAUAAAAAGUAUGAUAGCAUACACACAAAUAGAUAAGAUAAAAUAUUACAUGUAGCAGUAGAAUCCAGGUUUCCUGUGUGAGUGACCUUCAAAGCUGACUACUUAUUUGGCUAAAGAAUGUGACUUCACCUGUGUUUAAUGCCUCAGUUGUAUGAUCUACUUACAGAAAAUACUGACCUUACUACAAAUAGUCUGCUGUGUGGUUUGCACUAAUGUUUGUAAUUAAUAGUAGAAGUUUUUGUUCAUUGACUUUUCUUUUGUGUUUAUAGUUUUUAUUGUAUUUCCUGCUUCGUGAAAGGAGGAAGGCAAGCAAAUACAAGUGGGCUCCAGUCUAUACAGAAGAUUUAAUUCUGAGCUUUGCAGCUGAGCUUUGUCUGUCUUGUAGACUGCUCUAGGUAAGAUGAUCUCACUACUGGGCAGCAAAUCUGUGCAGUUUGAGCCAGUCUGUAAAGUUCAAACAGGCAGGACAGGGAGAGAAAUCACUUUGUGACUGUCUAUUGUCCAGGCUGCUUACAGCUUGCGGAAAUGAAGGUGGUGUCAAAAGCCCAUAGGAACAGAGGAGACAGUGGGAG